GGCUUCCAUGGUCGCGCCGAACGGGCCCUGAAAAUGUCACCGAGCUCUCCGCGAAUACCUAGCUCGGCCGGCAGCACCCCAAAUCCCUCGCCGCCGGCUGCAUCUCCUCAGAUCGGUAGUCUCCUCCAACCUCUCACCCGCCCCUCCGCUCUGUUCCUGGGGUCGUCGACCACCGAAGCGCCGCCUCUGCCUGGAACGUCGCCGUCGCCGUCCCCGUCCCCGUCCCAGCCGCCCUCAUCACCGGCACCACCUCUACCAGAUCGACCGCGUUUCUAGUCUUUUGGCCGGCCAUCGCCUCUGGUACGUGCGUGCUGAGUUGAUUUCGGUAAUUUCUUCUGAUCCCUCCCUCCACUAUACAUGCUCUUGUGCCAGUAGCUCUUGGGUUCUCUGGUUAACAUCCUACUGCUACAAAUCAGCACUAGAUUUUUCCAGGACAGAAAUCUAGUAUAGUUAUUCACUUACCAAGUAAAAGUGAAGCAAGCUGAUCGAUUUGUUCAUUGGAUUUGUUAAUAGGACAACCUGUUCGUCAAAUAGACGUAAAGUGCUCACUUAGCAAGAUCACUUGAUGCAUCAUGGUUUACUUUUUGAAGCUUCAUUCGUCCUGAAGAAAAUGUUAGGCUGGGUCAGUUUUGUUCUAGCUAGUGAAGCAUGGAAGCACGUUUCCUAAAUUUCAUCUAGACGCAUCAAUACGAUCCUGAAAAAUACAUAAAUAGGUUUCUCAUUCCCUUUCAAUGUGCGAUUGCACAGUGUCUACUUAAAUUAAAUUUUGUUCUUUUGUUUGAAGUUGAGCAACUGUCAUUACUUUACUUUUUUUCUUUCUUGCCAUUGAUUUAGUUACUGACUGCUCGGCAAUGAUACUGCACCUCCUCGUAAUAUUUCCUCUUGGACCACCUGAUCGGGAUAUUGUGGUGGAUUUCGGAAGUUUGUUAGCCAGCUUGGUGACUCUACAUUUUUCACUGUUUCAGCAAGUCUUUGGAAGGAAAAUGAGUAGUGCGGCGGUGCGCCCGAUAGAGGUGGAGGUUCCCGUUGGCCAGCAGCCACACGCCAAUGUUAGGAUGAACGACGUGCCAGGGAAACCCGGCACACCGUUCGGCCUCGCCUUGCGGUGUGGUCAGUCCCUAUGCACUGGCGUCACACUCGCUGUCUUGGCCACCACCACUACCGACUCCACACCCCUUCCCUACUUUUGCUUUGUUGCUGCAGUUGCUGGUCUGUUGUGCAUGUGGAGCUCAGCACUGGCCAUUUUGGACCUGUACGCGCUGCUUGUGAAGCGUCGUUUACGGCGUCCACUGCUGGAUCGGUUCUUUGCCACUGUAGAUGGGGUGAUAGCAGUAACUCUUUUUGUCGCAGCCUGCAUGUCAGCUGGACUUUCUAGGUUCAUCGUCACCAACCCUGAGCUAUGCGAGACAAACCACUGUGCUCGCUAUAUGAUUUCGAUAGUAUUUGCAUUCCUAGCCUGUUUUGUGCUUUCAGCGUCUUUUUUCUUGAACUUUAGUUCGUUGGGAGCAUUGCCCCAUUUAGACUAGGGUGAGUUGGAUAUUUUGUUACCUUUUAUGCAACCUUCCAUAUUUUGUGACAAAGGUGUCCAGUGAACGCCAUGUUCUGAUUUACAAACCCAAUGCUACCUGCCAAUGAAUUCGAUUUGUACAAAUUAGGUAACUAUGCUCCUAAUCACUGUGCAAUCCAUCUAGCUAAGUUGUCCCUAUAACCAAUUGAAAAUUACUGUAAUGUAAACCCUCUGAAACUAUGUUAUCUAGCUAAGUUGUUGCAGUCUCCAAUAUGUGAGCAGUCCUCUGUCUUCUGGGUUUUUAAAGCUUCCCACCAGUUAGUUUGAUGCAUUUGUACCUGCAAAUAACUUACAAUAUGUGCUCCUAAAAAGCAGCCCUACUGCUUGCAUGAGAGGAUGAAAUAGCUUCUAGUGUAAUUUGCCUGGAUGGGGAUGCUGGGAUUUUGAAAGGUGGGGUUGAGAGUAAUUACUAUGAGAUGGUGAAGGUAGCGAGUAGACCUUGGAUUGAGCUAAUCUCUAAAUCAGUGCGUUUCAUCUGUUAUGGAAGAUAUGUGAGAGGCAAGAGCGGUUUUGGUGACGGUGAAUUUUCUGUAGCCGAGCUAUGUUGGACCCAUUUACAUUUUCAGCUCUGUAUCAUAGGUGUGUUCUGAAGCAAGCAGCUUUGGCACGAAGGCAAAAGCAGAGUCUGUUAUGUGUUCACCCGUCGUCAGUUUGCCGCGCCUGGAACAAAAGUAAGCAUGAACUCUUGCGUAAUAUGAUCUGAGCAAAUAUGAUCACUGCAUGUCUGUUGCUCAACAUUCAGAUCUUUAUGUUUGCUGAUUCUUCCAGUAGAUUGUAGGAGUAACUUGCAGACCGAACAGUAAUCCUAGUUUAGGAAUUUCGGUGCUGUGCGAUCCAUUUGGUUGUGAUUUUUUUUUUGACACUUUGAAUUAUCUGCUUGUUCUUAUGGUUACUUGUUCAUAAAAAGAAGUUUGGGUAUAUUACGAUGUUAGGUUUUUGAUACCCUUGUCAGUUCGCUGGUGUUGUUACCGUCUUGCCUAAUUUUGCAGUGAACAAAGAUGGCCGAAGUUGGCUACACUGUUGACCUUGAACAAAGAUCCGAGUCUUGUUAGGACCUUAGAAUUGAUACAUACAGAUUAAGUCGCAUCCAUUCGGAUUGAAUGGGAUAUAUUGUAGUUCGAUACAUGCCACAUGACUCGAGGACUUGAGUAAGCAAAUUGCCUCAUUUUACCGCCUAAUCAUACAUGAACUCAUUGACCUUAAAUAUUUUUAUUUUUUAAUGUUUGCUAAGAAUCUAUUGACGUCACAUUUAUUUCAUUUAUUUAUUUGCCAAUUAAUUCCCCACCUUCAAAAAUUGCUGCCAUGUGCUCCUACUAAUUGCAAAACCAGUGUUUAAAAAAAAAAAAGCAAAGCCCGAUUAGUUAGUCCUGACCUGAUGGACUUUCCUAGGCAGAUCCUAUUCUACUGUGUGGCGUAGCGCGAAGGAUAUCCAUUGUUUGCCUUUGGUGUUCAGUGCGCACUCGCCUUAGUGAGUCCUCCCAUUAGAGCAGUUUUGGAAAGGUUCGACAAACCAGUAUGCACUCUUUAGUUUUGGAGUACCAAUUUUAGAGUCUUCCAUGUGGUAUUUUUUCUUCCAAAUUUGUUUUCUGUGUUUUCUUUAGGAAAACGUUUUGCGUCUACACGCCGGCGGAAGCGUUCUGCAGGUCACUAUCGAUCGCUCCGCCAGAUCCCCGCUCGUGCCUAGUUUUCUUUUCCCCUUUUCUUCUCUGCUUCUUCCUCUUGUCUCUAUCAUAUCCAUUUCGUUUCCGCCAGAUACAUGAUGGAUGGAAAAGCUACAUCCGACUACACGGGAGCUGCAACCGGCAGACGAAGGAGCUGCAAAACAGAAAGGCGGCGGGGGGCGGAUGAUCCCAUGGUCGGCAGGUGAGAUUGUUGCACGAGGACCUGCAGGGAUGGUGUCGCGAAUGUUACAACCACGUACCACAAAAUCUACAAGCGUCCAAAAAAAAGUACAACCGUUGAUAAAAAAAAUCUACAACCACGUUCGUCAGAGUUGCAUCCAAAGUUCGUCGGAGUUGUAGCCGGAGUUGAAACCAUGAUGGAAAAUACUGCAAUAAUUAUACAAAUUUUCUAUAUCCGUCAUUCUGUUUUUUGCAACCGUAUUGUUUUUUGCUACAACCGUUGGCAUGGCCGAGCUGCAACCAUGAUGGAAAAAGGUACAACCAUUAUACAAAUUUGCUACAUCUAUCGUUCUGUUCUGUUGCAACCGUAUUGUUUUUUUGCUAUCACUGAUAAUUUUUUUGCUUCGCGCGAGGCGAGAAGUUGGUGGUGGGUUGCUGCGAACCACGACGUUGGCGGCGAGCACGGUGAGCAGACUGACGAUGGGAACGACGACAACGAACGCGUGGGAGACCGCAGGUCUUCUCGCAGACGGCGGCGCGUGCGAGAUGUACGGGAGG